AUGCAUGUGAACGAUUGUCCUGCUCCAGCCCAUCAUUCUCAUCCUUCAACUUCCUUGAUUCGAGGGGAUUUGAUUGAACAACGCUUGUACUCAUCCAAGCUUCAGGAAAAUCAAUUUGAUUUCCAGGUCUUCCAGUCUCCACUUCUUGUCUCUUCCUCCCAUUCUCAACUGUUGCCCCAUUCAAGCACAACUACCACCUGCGAACGAUUGUUCUGCUUCGACUCAUCAUGUCAUUCCCACAACUAUCUUGAUUCGAUUGUCUUUGACUGA